GCAUCUGCUCCAGCAUCUGCUCCAGCAUCGCCGUUGCACCUCACGCCUUCGUUGUCCCACCGCCACCCUCCCCGCCUCCUCGACCCGUCCACGCCGCAGCUAUGUUUUCCGCGCUGUGGCAGAGCAUCCUGGAGUGGCUGCAGACGCUCUUCUUCCAGCAGGAGAUGGAGCUCACGAUCCUGGGGCUGCAGAACGCGGGCAAGACGACGCUGGUCAACCUUAUCUCCACGGGCGACUUCACGGACGACCGCAUCCCGACCGUCGGCUUCAACAUGCGCCGCGUGCAGAAGGGCGGCGUCACCCUCAAGAUGUGGGACCUGGGCGGCCAGGCCCGCUUCCGCACCAUGUGGGAGCGCUACUGCCGCGGCGUCUCCGCCGUCGUCUUCGUCAUCGACGCCGCUGACGAGGACCGCUUCGAGACCGCACGCGUCGAGCUCCAGGACAUCCUCUCGCGCAGGGCCCUCGACGGUAUCCCCGUCCUCGUCCUCGCCAAUAAGAGCGACUUGCCCGGCGCAAUCAAGGACGUCGACGAGAUGGUCGACGUCUUCGGACUCAAGGAUAUCCACAACCAUGAGGUCUCGGUCUACUCCAUCUCGGCCAAGAAUAGCACCAAUAUUGACGUCACCUUGCAAUGGCUCAUUGACCACGGCUCCAAGAAGGCCUCGUCCUCGACCGCCGCCGCCGUCGUCUCCGCGCCCGACCCUCCGUCGACGUCCACCAUCCCUCCCAAGCCGUCGUCGUAGUGCCUUCCGCCGCGCCGCGCACCAACGCCUUUCUUUUCUGGAAAACCCCCCU